AGUUACAAAACAGGGAUACCUUGAGUUCAGGAGAACUUUUGAAAUACUCUUAAACUUAGACUAGAACAGUGAAUGUAUAAUGAGAUUUUAAGGAUGACUGGCACCACAAGAAGUAACUUAGAAGUUGGUUUGACUCUAAAAGAGUACUCCAAUAUAACAACUUGCUGGGUGCUGCACUGAUGCUCUCUGGUUUAAGCUUAGCUGUCUUCCUUCUCUUGGCCACAUCAAGUGCCUACACUACUGGUCAACCCUGCCUGUGUUCAGCCCUCCUGCCUGCUGGUCUGCAUGUCAACUGCAGCACUACAAACCUCAUAGAGAUGCCUCAUGUGCCUUCAGACACCACAGAGCUCCAUCUGCAGGACAACCGGCUCACCUCAGUGUCUCCAGGCCUGUUUGACAGACUGGUUGGCCUGAAAAAGGUUUCACUAUCUGGGAACCCCUUCCACUGUGACUGUAGGAUCCGAUACCUGAGGAACUGGUUGCUGAAGAACAGGGCUAUUGUCUCCAAGGAGCCCACCUGUGCCAGUCCAAGCUCUGUGGCUCAGAAAGCCAUCACUGAACUCAGUGACGACUACUUUUCUUCCUGUGCCCUGGCAAGCUGUACUGAUUGGACGUAUAACACCAUGAUGGGAGUGAUGCUAUGCUGCCUCAUUGUUCUGCUUCUGUGGAGCUUGAGACUAGCCAAAAUGUCCACCUUCACUCUGUACAUAGAUGAGAGACAUUCAGGAUUUGAGGCAGACUCUUUGCGCUCCCUGAAGCCCAAACACAGGAGGAGGCUGCAGACUGCUCUGUCAGAGGUCAGCCUGGACUGUGAAUCUCUCACUUGUAUGGAGGAUCUAGAAAAGCCACUUAUCAACAUGGACUUACUGCCACAAGUACUGGAUGUGUUGCACAAGAAGUACAAUGUAAAGAUAAAGGCUACCUGAGGGACCUCUUUGUCUACUACAAUGGAAUUACAAAAAACACAAAAAGUGGCAAAUAGAGUUGAAGGCAGGCAGCAAGAUGGAUUUCUUUCUACUUUUUUGCAAUAAAGUUUAUUUUAAAGCUAAAUGCUAAAGCCAUGUCUCCUGAGACUGCGCCCCCCCACAAUGCAAUCUAAUUUUAUUAUAUUAAAUGUUGCUCAUUUAGGCAUGAAAUGCACCAGAUAAAUUUAUGAUACAUUUUUUUAAGUGUCUUAUGCUGUAUGCUGCAAACAUGCUAUAUUUUAGCAUUUUUGGUUAAAGCUCAAGAAAUUUGCUCAUUUCAGAUAAUAUAACAGAAAAUAUAAGGAGAUUGAGAACUAUUUUGGCUUCUAAGUGUAUUGGAAAUGAAUGAGACCUAAUUGGGAAUGCCUAGAUACUCAUAAGUCUAUGCAUGUUAUAUAUUUGUCUUACAAUUGAACUGAGCUAGCUGAGCAUUUGUGUUUAACAGCAUAGAGACAGUGCAUAACUUAGUAAGAAAAAUCUACACUAUGCUGUCUGUAACAGGUGUCUUAUUAGAGUGAUCAAUAUCUCGGCCAUUUCUGAUCUGAGUUGUGAAUAAUUUUUGAUUGAAAAAACACAGUUUUCAAAAUGG